AUGGCCCCUCCCUUCAUGUGGAAGCUGUCAUCCCAGAAGCUUGGCUUCUUCCUGGUGAGCUUCGGUUUCAUCUGGGGAAUGAUGCUGCUGCAUUUCACCAUCCAGCAAAGGAGCAGCCAUGAGAACAGUGCAGUGCUGCGGCAGCAGAUCCUGGAUCUAAGUAAGCGCUACAUUAAAGCGCUGGCGGAGGAGAACCAAAGUGUUAUGGAUGGUCCGUAUGUGGGAACCAUGACAGCCUAUGACCUGAAGAAGACCCUCGCAGUGCUGCUGGAUAACAUCAUGCUGAGACUUGGCAAGCUGGAGUCAAAGGUGGACAGCAUUUAUAACGGUACUGGAGCUAAUCUGACCAACGGCACCGCCAGCGGCACGGCCACCCCCAGUGCCUCAAACUCGGAGAAAGUCAAUGUUGCUGACCUCCUAAACGGAGCCCAGGAGAAGUGUGAGCUGCCACCUCUGGAUGGUUUUCCUCACUGCGAGGGCAAGCUCAAGUGGAUGAAGGAGAUGUGGCGCUCCGACUCCUGCUAUUCUAACUACGGAGUGGAUGGGUCCACCUGCUCCUUCUUCAUUUACCUCAGUGAGGUUGAAAACUGGUGCCCUCGUCUCCCCUGGAGGCUGAAGAUCCUGAAUGAGGAAACUGACCGGACUGGACAGGCGGAGAUCAGGACCAGUUUCGCGGGGCUUUACCGCUCCAUGUCCCAACGGGAGGAGUUCCGAUGGAUGAUGAUGAGAAUCAAACGGAUGGCUGAGCCGUGGGUCAGCGCCAUCCGCUCUCUGGCCGCCAAGCAGAACCUCACCAAGCGGCGGAAGAAAAAGAUCCUGGUUCAUUUGGGUUUGCUCACCAAGGAGUCUGGCUUCAAGAUAGCAGAAAACGCCUUCAGCGGAGGCCCGCUGGGGGAGUUGGUCCAGUGGAGCGAUCUCAUCACCACGCUGUACCUCCUGGGUCAUGAUGUUCGCAUCUCAGCUUCGCUGGCAGAACUUAAAGAGAUCAUGCGAAAGGUGAUGGGAAACAAAUCCAGCUGCCCAACCCAAGGGGAUAAGGUGGUGGAGCUCAUCUACAUCGACAUCGUGGGUCUCACCCAGUUUAAGAAGACCUUAGGGCCUUCCUGGGUACACUACCAGUGCAUGCUGCGCGUGUUGGAUUCCUUCGGUACGGAGCCAGAGUUCAACCACGCCCACUACGCACAGUCCAAGGGUCACAAGACACCGUGGGGGAAGUGGAACCUAAACCCACAACAGUUCAACACAAUGUUCCCUCACACACCGGACAACAGCUUUUUGGGCUUUGUUGUGGAGCAGCACCUCAACUCCAGCGAUAUCAAGCACAUCGACGACAUCAAGAGGCAGAACCAGUCUCUGGUCUACGGCAAAGUUGACAACUUUUGGAAGGACAAGGGGAAGUACUUGGACAUCAUCCACGGCUACAUGGAGGUCCACGGGACGGUACACGGCACCAGCACAGUCAACCUGCCCAGCUAUGUCAAGAACCACGGCAUCCUGAGCGGCCGAGACCUUCAGUUCCUCCUGAGAGAAACCAAGUUGUUUGUGGGUCUCUCCUUCCCCUACGAGGGUCCGGCGCCAUUAGAGGCCAUCGCCAACGGCUGCGCAUUCCUGAACCCCAAGUUCACCCCUCCGAAGAGCAGCAAAAACACGGACUUCUUCAAAGGCAAACCCACUCUGAGGGAGCUGACCUCUCAGCAUCCGUACGCGGAGGUCUACAUCGGCCAGCCACACGUGUGGACGGUGGACAUCGGGAACGCCGCAGAGGUGGAGAGGGCCCUUCGCUCCAUCCUCAGCCAGAAGAUCGAGCCCUACCUUCCUUACGAGUUCACCUGUGAGGGGAUGCUUCAGAGAGUAAACGCCUUCAUCGAGAACCAGGACUUCUGCCACGGCCAGGUUAUGUGGCCCCCCCUCAGUGCUCUGCAGGUCAAAAUGGCUGAGCCGGGUCAGUCGUGUAAACAGGUGUGUCAGGAGGCGCAGCUCAUCUGUGAACCCUCCUUUUUCCAGCACCUCAACAAGGACAAGGACCUGGAAAGGUUUGGUUUGAGAUGCAGGACUGUGGAGUCGAGUGCAGAUACGGUGGUCCCGGCCUACAGCGAAACGCGCCAGCACUGCAUCUUCCAAUCGGACCUCCUCCUGUUCAGCUGCGCCGGUGCUCAUCAGACGCUCCGACGAGUCUGUCCCUGCCGCGACUACAUGAAGGGCCAGGUGGCGCUCUGCAAAGACUGCCUAUAGCACACAGGCUAGUGGAGCGAAGCGAGGAGGGGGGCUGGGUGUGGAAGAAGACCUACUUUGGUGGACUGAAGUGGGAGUGACAGACACAUGAAACUUUUUAAAGACUGUGUUUGUUCUUCAUAUUCAUAAUUUCCCUCCCCCAGCAAGAGACACGCUCAUGUAGCCAAGCAGAGCACCCUCCAACUCUGAUUCACCAGCAGGGGGCGCCAAGACUCCAGGUAACCUUACUUGAAAGAACAAAGGGAGCUGGGUGAGACUUUUAACCCACAGGUCAUUUCCGUGACAACCUUUCUACAAAAGGACUCUACCCCCCCCUACUGACAGCCACUCCAACUGCUCCCUCCAUUCCUCCUGUUCAAAUCUAACACUGUUAUCCAUUAGGUAGGUUUGCACUGGAACGGAUACACACGCGUAUAAGCUGAAGAAGAACUCAGUUUUACACUGUAAUAUCUCAUUCCUCUAUUCUGCACAAGACAUGGGCGUCAUCAGCGAACAUGGAAAUCCUGAUUUAUUUUAAUCUGCAAGUUUUACCGAUCCCUAAAAACCUCCCUUAAAGGAUUUUAAGGUCCAGAAUUGGAACAGCCAGUGAUCAGCCUUUUGUUUUUAUUUGCUUAAGUUGCACAUGUACGGAUGACUGAGGUGCGUUUGUGUGUCGGAGAAUUGUGAGAAUGUUGCUGCCUAACAUCCGAUCCCUGCCCCAGAAGGGAGAAAGAUGAGGAAGUAUUUUUUUUUCUUCUUUUCGGAAGGGCAUGUCAUUCUUCGUAUCUAGCGCUGUGUGGUAGGAAUGUGACGUCGUCGUAGAUGAUAGAGCGCCGUCAGCGAAGCGAUGACACGGUAAAAAAAACACGCCACAGCCUGCAGAGAACCGAUAACCGUACAGAGUCUGUGUCCUCAUGUAGACCAACCGUCAAAACUGCUAGAAAAUGUUUGUCCCGUGAACUAAGCAGCAAAAAAAAAAAAAAAAUGCCAACAAGCAUUCCUGCAGAGCAGAACCUUCC